ACAAAAAGAAAUGGUGACCAUAAAGAAUUUCUUCAAGAAGGCUUCUCAAGAUCAAUACAACCAAGAAAAAGAAAAACUACUACAACAUGAUGAUGAUGAAAUUAAAAAUGGAUGUUGUUGUUUCACUCCAUUAUAUGAAAAAUUGAAAAGUUUCUUCAAUAAUAUUCAAGAUUUUGCAAAGAAAGCAAUUGAGAUGGGUAAAAAUGAUCCAAGAAAGAUCAUUUUUUCAUUAAAAAUGGGAUUUGCUUUAUCUUUUGUGUCACUUCUUAUUUUUUGGAAGAAACCAACUGAUAUUGCUCAAUUUGCAAUAUGGGCAAUCUUGACUGUUCUUGUUAUGUUUGAGUUCACUAUAGGAGCAACUUUUAUUAAAGGAUUUAAUCGUGGCUUGGGAACAUUUUGUGCUGGAAUGCUUGCCUUCAUAUUUGCUCAAUUAGCAUUAUGGGCUGGAGAAAGGGAAAAAGCUGUAAUUGUUGUGAGCAUUUUUAUUGUAGCAUUUAUAGGAACAUAUUUAAAGUUAUAUCCAACAAUGGCACCAUAUGAAUAUGGAUAUAGAGUAUUUAUUUUGACAUAUUGUAUUCUCAUUGUGGCUGGAAAUCGAACUAGAGAAUAUAAUGUGGCUAUUUUUACUCGUUUGGCCCUAAUUGCUGUUGGGGCUGGAAUUUGUUUGAUGAUAAAUAUUAGUGUUUGCCCUAUUUGGGCUGGUGAAGAUUUGCAUCGAUUGGUUGUUAAGAAUUUCAUGGAUCUUGCAACGUCUUUAGAAGGUUGUAUCAAUGGAUAUUUAAGUUGUGUUGAUUAUGAUGAAGCUACAAAUGAUUCAGAUUAUAAUGGCUAUAAAUCUGUUAUAGAAUCAACAAGUCGAGAGCAAACAUUGCUUGGAUUUGCUAUUUGGGAGCCACCUCAUGGACGUUUUAAAAUGCACAAGAAUCCUUGGAGAGACAUUGUAAAAUUAAGCAGUGGAUUGAGACAUUGUGCAUUCAUGGUCAUGGCAUUGCAUGGAUGUAUCCAAUCAGAAAUUCAGGCACCACCAGAGAAGAGAAAGGUAUUCCGCAACGAGCUUAAGAGAGUUGGUACAAAUGCUGCAAAAGUUCUACGUGAGUUAGGAACAAAAUUAGAGAAACUAGAAAUGCUAAAUAGUCAUGAAAAUAUCUUAAAAGAAGUGCAUGAGACAGCACAAAAUCUUCAAAAAAAAGUAGAUCACAAGUCAUAUCUAUUGGUCAACUCAAAAAGUUGGGAAAUUGGAAAAUCAAACAUUAUUAAUAAUAAUAAUAACCUUGACGAUUCAUCGAGUGAAAAUAGUAGUAGUGAAAAUAUACCAUUAAGUUCACGAUCACUAAGUGAAACAGCUAUCGACAUAAGGUUAUUACAAGGAAAUUGGCCACAAUCAGAUCAAUUAGUCGCAAAAUUAACACCAUUUAAGAAGCAAAAUCAAUGGCCUUCGCGUCUUUCACUUGUUGAUGGUGAAAUUACUGAUACAAUCGAAAUGGAAACUUACUUAAGCGCGAGUGCUCUAUCCUUAGCGACGUUUGCAUCACUUGUAAUUGAAUUUGUUGCAAGGCUACAAAAUGUGGUUGAUAAUUUCGAAGAAUUAAGUCAAAAGGCGGAGUUUAAAGAGUCGAGUAGUGUUAAAAGUUAAAAAGAGUUUACUAUGUAUAUGUUAAUAAUGUGAUUUGUAUUCAAGAUGUGAGUUUUUUUUUUUUUUGGUCAAGGAUUAGUAUGUGUGAAAUGAAAAGAGAAAAUCAAAUGUGUUGGUGCUUUGUUUUUUGUGUGAGGAGUAAAAGGA